UGGAUUUCUCAUUUUAUCCCUCUCCUUAAAUUCCCACCUCCUCCACCAACAAAGAAAGAAAGAAAGCAAGAAAGAGAAAGAAAGCUACCCAUUAAGCAUAAAGCAUUUUCUUUCCACUAGCUAAGAGCUACAGAGAGAUAUGGCUGAAGAAUGCAGUGAGAGCUCUGUGGCUAUGUCUUCCUCUACGCCUUCUGCUGCUGCCGGCUGGUGGGAUCUUCAUCGCCAUGCAAGCGCUCUCUCUUCAUGGACUAAUAAUAAUAGUAAUAAUUCCACUACCUGCAGCCCUUGGCACCAGCCAAACCCUAGUUCCAAUUCUUCUUGUGAAGAGGAUGUUUCCAUGUCUACAUCUUUUACUAAUGCUUCCAAUCACUCCGGGCUAACUGUUGAGUCCUCUCGCCGACUCGUUGAACCUGCUGCUUCUUCUCCUUCCGAGUUCAUGGGAGAACAUGCUUCUGAUAGUCAACUAUGGAGUCAUAUUCUAUUAGGUGGCGGAAGCAACGGAGAGCUACACAACAUCCAAGAUGUUGAAGAAAACUUACUUGUCGCAUUAUCAUCAAAGCGUAUCUCAUCAGGGAUAUUCGAACCUGAAUGCGACUACAUGAAGAAAAUGAACAACAACUGGGAAUUCACAAAAUCCCCUUCCUUUACCAGCUUUGAUCAUAAGCAUAUUAACGGUUUUAGUACUGAUCAACAGAGCUUGAUUGAAAGUGAAAGGGUGACCAAGCUGUCCAACUUGAUCAACAACUGGUCUAUUGCCCCACCUGAUCCAGGAGUAGUAGUCAGCCGCGAGACCGUCGAUCCAAUAACAUGCAACAUAUCAUUGAGUUCAUCUGUAAAUCACUACUCGCAGCCACAAACAUACAGUGAUUCUGCAUCGUGUGAGACGGGAAUGAAUAAAAAAUCUGGGUUUUUAUCGUGUUAUGGCCAUGAUCUAAAGGUAGAAAAUGAACAUCGCCAUGUUGAUGCUCCAGGGUACAUCUUAAGGAGGCCAUUUAAUGGUAAUGGUGUUGGAUAUCAUCUAGGCCUUAGUAGCGGAUCGAUGGUGGCUGAUAAUAGCAAAAACUAUUAUGGAGUGCCAGAUAAUACAUGCACAAGUGCGAGAAAUUUCACUGAUGGUGCAACUUUUAACGGUCGAUAUAGCAAGCCAUUAAUUGAUAUUCAAGGGCAUAAGCCUUGCUUUAAAUCCUUGAAUUUAUCAGACUGUAGAAAGCAAGGACUUCAAUCGUCUUUAUCGACGGGAAGAGGACAGGGGAAUACAAGUCAAGGAAAGAAGAAAAGAUCGGAAGACACUUCAGAGAUUGUCCUGAAAAAGCCCAAGCAUGAGAGCUCUACAGUUUCAUCUGCAAAGAUGCAGGCACCAAAAGUCAAGCUUGGGGACAGAAUCACAGCCCUUCAACAAAUUGUGUCGCCAUUUGGAAAGACUGAUACAGCCUCUGUGCUAUUAGAAGCAAUUCAGUAUAUAAAGUUCCUGCAAGAGCAAGUGCAGCUACUGAGUAGUCCUUACCUGAAGAACAAUUCACACAAGGAUCCAUGGGGAGGCUUGGAAAAGAAAGAAAAGGGAGAUGUAAAACUUGAUCUCAGGAGCAGGGGUCUUUGUUUAGUUCCUAUUUCAUGCACCCCUCAAGUUUACCAUGAGAAUACAGGAUCAGAUUACUGGACACCAACAUAUAGAUCAGGAUGCCUGUAUAGACAAAAUAAUUAACCAGUCCAUGUUGUGUUUUGUGCUAAAUUCUAUCAAUGUAACUUCAACAGAAGUGAUAUACAUCCAAGUGAUCAUCGAUAAUUAAGUUUGCUUUAUGAAAAAAAAAAAGGGUACUUUAAUUAGAUGAUCGAUUAGUUUAACAAAUCAUAAUUGAUAUAAAUUCUUGAAAUUAACUUGAUUUAACGUAAAUUAAUCAUAUAUAAACAUUAAACCUCAUCGUUGUGUCUUUACAGAUCAUACAUGGUAAAUGAAAUUAAAGUGAAACAGGAAGAAAGGAACAAGUUCUACUUCAAGCUACAGACAAAACGGUGCGCAAUGAUAUCAAAGUAAAAGGCUUGGUCAUGAAAGAAACAAAACGGUGGGUACGUACCUGGCUUAUUUGGUAUUCUAAAAUUAUAGUUUUCAUUCCCAAAUGGUAAAUAUCACAGUAUUCCUGCAAACUUUGUUCGAGAAUUUAAUUAAUUUUCAAAGAAGAGUUAACUUGCUUGCUUUGUGAUUCAGUUUUUAUUUGCAUUGGCAUUCAAAAGUAAAUCAUUUUCAUAAUCAUUAUUUCUAAUUUGUUUGCAAAAUCUUAUUGAGCCUUUGUGCAACUCCUUUAAACUUUCAUUUCAUGGUGAAGA